AUGUUUUCCAUCUACAUGAACACGACGAAACGAAUUAUGAGGUUUGCAUUCAUAUGCAUUGGGUUACUUGCUCAUACGGUGCUGAGCGAAAAUUUAAACAUUGAAGAUCUUUGCCUGUUCAUAGCAGACGAUUUUACUCCGAAGGUAUUUGAAGGACAAAAUCGAGAAGCUGCAAAUGAAGCCAUGAAAAAAAUAUUUUCCUUUUCUAAGACGAACCUAGUCAACACAGCUUACGGCAUUAAGUUGGAGACCUACGAUAAGAUUAUGGACACAAUUGCACAGGUCUCCGAAUUCAAUCCAUCUAAUAUUUAUGAAAAAGUAAAUAAGCUGGAAAUCUUGCCAUCCAGUGCUGACCUGAAAGUCUUUGGAGAUGAGACAAAGUCUGUAGUUUUCUACUGUGGAUUUACAGGGCAUGCAAUGU